UACGUUACAAUCGGCUUUUGAUUUUUUUACGAGCGUCAGAUUAUUGUGGAUUAUUUCUGUGUCCCGCCGCCGCCGCGUCCCGCUCGUCCUCCCGGCGGAAGGAGCCACCAGAGCCGGCCUUGUCGGAGAUGUUGUCCCGGGAGAGCAUCACAGCUGGGCGGCGGGUUUAGCGUGAAAGUGCCGUGCGGUCCGCCGCUCUGCUACGUGUACAGCAGCGGCACGGUGCGGGGCUAGCUAGCUGCGGGGCGAGCUGCGGGGCGAGCUGCGGGGCAGACAUGGAGCCAGAGCAAACCGGCCAAGUUUAACUUUAUUUUCCAACAUUAAAGACACUUUAAACCGAGCCAGCCGCGGCUUCUGGGACAAACUAACCUGGCCUAGCAUGGAGGACAGUCAACAUGAGGCGAGCGGCCCCGGGCUCAGCACAUGAACAUUUAGCGAGGACGGACGGAGUGAAGAAACACGACAUUUACUGCUCAUCUUCUCAUGAAGCUCAUCGUGUUUCUGUCGCUCUCAGCUUCAUAACCCAGCUCUCAUCACCUGUGCUUUGAAGGGGAAAAAAAAAAUGAUGUAUUCAUCGAGGAGGAAGCCUGUCCUCUACUUCAAAGAGGAGAGAAGGUUCCUGUCGGGGAAGUGCACCGUCUACAAGCUGUUCGGCCUCUGCAUGGUGCUCGUGCUCGUGUCUCUGCUCUGGCUGCAGCUCAGCUGUUCGGGGGAAAUGUCCGGCGGCGCGCUGCACGACGGCCGCCUCGCCCCGCAGCAGCCGCCGCCGCCGUGCCCCGCGGACACUCAGGCGUCCGCGCUGGACGACCCGUCAUGGGGUCCUCACAAACUGGCCCUCAUCAUUCCCUUCAGGGAGCGCUUUGAGGAGCUGCUGGUGUUCGUUCCCUUCAUGCACGCUUACCUCAGCAAGAAGAGGAUCCGCCACAAGAUCUUUGUCAUCAACCAGGUGGAUCACUACAGGUUCAACCGAGCGUCCCUGAUCAACGUGGGCUACAUGGAGAGCGGGAACGACACCGACUACCUGGCCAUGCACGACGUGGACCUGCUGCCGCUCAACGAGGCGCUGGACUACGGCUUCCCCGAGGACGGGCCCUUCCACGUGGCCUCGCCGGAGCUGCACCCGCUCUACCACUACAAAACCUACGUGGGCGGCAUCCUGCUGCUCACCAAGAAGCAUUACCACAUGUGUAACGGCAUGUCGAACCGGUUCUGGGGCUGGGGCCGAGAGGACGACGAGUUCUACAGGCGACUGAGGAAAGCUGAAUUACAGCUGUUCAGGCCCAGCGGCAUAACAACCGGGUACAAAACCUUCCGGCACAUCCACGACCCGGCCUGGAGGAAGAGAGACCAGAAGAGAGUAGCAGCACAGAAACAGGAGCAGUUUAAGGUGGAUCCGGACGGGGGUUUGACAAACCUGCGUUAUCAGGUGGAGUCCCGACAGGACCUGACCAUCAGCGGCGCCCCCUGCACCGUCAUCAACACCAAACUGGACUGUGACCAGAGCGAGACUCCUUGGUGCCUCCUCGCCUAGAGGAGGCGGGGCGGCCGGCGGCUCCCCGCGGCUGCACCGGGCCGAGGCCGGACCGUCUGACGGGAACCAAAACAAAAACAGAUCCACCUGAGACCCAAAGGCCUCGUCUGCUGCCGUGAGGGGAGGAAACGGACGUCCUGCAGGGAUCUUUUUAUUUUUUAGCUGAGCAGAUGCUUGCGGGAAGCGCUGGUCGACCUUUUUGCUCGGAUAUUUUUGUUUUCCUAGCGCUGUAAAAACACGCUAAGCUCUCAGCGAGGUCGGGAACGUGCAACAGCAAGAAAACGGUGAUGAAAGAGGGGAGAGACGCUCUGGAGACGUGACGUGGACACGGUGGAGCGUCAUGGCUGGCAUGAUGCUGCUGGUACAGACGAACAGAGGACAGGCGGCUGCAAGGACAACAAACCAAAAUCUAAUUCAGCUUCAGAAAUCACCAGACGAUUUCACUGUUUCACGAGCCAGCGAGAAUAUCAGAGUGGCUGAAAACCUCCAAACUGUGGCUGCCUGCCUGUCGGUGUGGGGGGUCAAGACCAUUUCACUGGUGGUCUUUUCCCGGCCUGGACGUUCCCGCCUCACACCAAACCGAGAAACUCACUGAAUCUGAUCCGAGAGAAGCUGCUGUUUGGUGUUUCGUCAGGGCAGAAACGCCGAAAACGACACUGAGCCAAACCAAACGAGGCCGAACUGAUGACAAGCAUGAGCUGCACGAGUCUGCUGGCUGUUGACAUGGACUGUAACGCAGACUUCAUUUUUUAAUCUUUUAUUUUUUUUUCCCUCUCUGGGCUUGUGCAAAUUUGACAGAGUUAGUAGAGGGACGCUUGGCAACAGCGCCUCCUGUUUAUAUCUGCCCGGCUGGCAAAUCACAGAUGAAGCGCUUCAGUUCAAAACCUCAUAUAAUCAUGUUAAAAAAAAAAAAAAAAAAAAAGUUUAGAACCUGAAAUGAAUCAGUCAGAAAGAGUGAACACAGCCCACAGUGUGCUGCACUCUCACGGCAGCCGUCAAAAAAAAAAAAAAGAGUUUUGUUUUUAAUUUUUUUUGUCCUAAAGGUCGAGUUUCACUUUGCACUGAAGCGCUUCGUGAGGCUGGAGCAGCUUUUCUGUCCCUCUGCUAAACACACUGAGCCAAACUAAGCCAAACCAGGCCGAGCUGAGCUGAACUGGCCUGUCAGCUGGUGGGGGCAGGAGUUUUACCAAUAUGUUAAAGGGAUAGUUCACCCAUUUUGAAAAAUGUGAUGUUUUUUUCUUCCCUGCACCCCUCUAGCUGUUACACAGGACAGUGGUGGUGCUGCCUGCCUCUCAUCGUUAACCAGUGCUGGGCACCGGCAAUGCAGUGUUAUUAUCGUUAACGAAAACCAACGGAUUAAUGAAAACUGGGUGUGAAAAAACAUUUUCAUCAACUAAAAUGAAAAUAAAACUGAGGCUUAACUUAAUAACUCAGUGAAAAGGGUUUACAAAACUAACUAAAUUAAACUAAAAUUAUAGAGGAAAUGUCUUUAGUUUUUGUCUUCGUUUAUUUUAUACAUAAACUUUGUUCAACAUUUUCACACGGUUUCGGGCUGUGAAAAUUUCGGCUGCAUCAAACUUUGUUUAUCUAACCAUGUGAGUGGAUCAAGGCGGGUAUUUUUAAGAUUGUUAGGAGGGUUAGCAUUUGGAGCUUCUAGUCAGUGUCCAGCACGAGAGGAAGACAGCACCACUGCUGUCCUGCAUCUGGGCAGGGAAGUGAAAUAUCUUUUUUUUUUUUUUCCCCUUCCCCAAAAUGGGUGAACUUCCCCUUUUUAAGGACGAAGUGAAGCACUGGUGAACACGUGGGGGAAAGGGAGUUCCUCGCCAGUAAACAGUAAACCAGCAGGAGUGGGGAAACACACCAGAAUAACCAGAGUUAUCACAGCAGCUGCUGGUUAAGAAGUUAGCAGCCGCAGCCAAAAUUUCCCACAGGUACCCAAGACUCCGAAGUCUGGAUCUAAACCCCCCGUCCCGUCCCGCCCCCUGUCCCGGUCCAGCCGUCCCGUGAGGACAGUGUUUGCCAUGUUUGUCCCAAAGCGUAACGAGGCUGAGGAUGUGCGGCUCGUCCCACAGCGACGGUGCACACGGGUCACAGGGAAGCGUUUGAACGUCAGUGCAGUUUUUUCCCUCCAAGGAAACCUCAGAUCGAGUUUUAAAUAAAAUCUUAAACUUUUGUUUAAGCGCUUGGCCACAACUGAGUGAAGUGUGUGUGUGAGUUCCUAAAGAAUGGGGCUGGGUUUAAAUUUUGUGAGUAGAAUCUCGAGCAUUGGAUUAUUGAGACGGAGGAUUAUAAUAAUUCACUUUUGUUUUAAUCAAAAUAUUCAGUUCACUUCCUAUCAGGUGUUGAAUUAUCCUGUGGUUAUUAGGUCAUAAUAUGAAAAAAAGAAGAUAUUUUUCCACUUUUCCCCCCCGUGGUGUGGUCGGUCUGUCCAUAUGGUUUCUGUGUGAUAAAGUAACAGUUUGCUGGUGUUCUUCGGCAGGAAAUAGUUCCCAACUAAACUCUUUUUUUGAGCUCCGCAAAACACAACUGGUUGUAUGAGGGUGAAGGGAGACAGACUGGAAACCUCUCAAAAUCACACAGACUUCUGGACAGACGGGCUGCACCAGUGGCAAAACUGUAUUUAAUUUGUAUUUUCGGCUGAACUGUCCCUUUAAUUCACCUGGUGGCCAAAGCAGAGCUGGGAUGAAGCUGUGAGUUCAUUAACUCGUUCACGUCCAGCUCCUUGGUGAUCAUCUGUGUGUUGCUGUGCUCUGCAUGUGCACACACUGUUGAUGGGUGGAGUAACACACACACUCACACUCACUCACACACACACUUCACUCAGUCGUGGCUGUGUGUUAAAACAUUUUUUUUUCUGUCGUUACCUGGCGGGCUUCAUACUUUUCCUGUGACUUGACAAACCCCUCCGACCGGAUCGGAACUAUUCCCAUGCAGCAAAUCCCACACACACACACACACACACACACACACACACACACACACACACACACACACACACACACACACACACACAGCUGUCUGCAUGGUGAUCAUGAUGAUGACGAGGAUGACGGUGAUGUACGGGAAUGUAUUUAUACCAGAGAAAUAUUCUGCUCUAUGUAUUUUAUUUUAUUUUAUAGUAUUUUAUUUUGUAAGAUAAAGAAUGAACGGUCCUGCAGCCGCCUGCCUUCUCAAACCAAACCUCUGCUGUGGCCUGUGUGGCGUUCAGGGCGCUUCGUUCAUCUGGACGCUACAGUAAAAAAAAAAAAAUCACCCAGAGAGUCUGGAAGGGGGGGUGACAGAAGUCACACGGGACGGGCCGCCGGGGGUUUCACAGACGCAGGUUUUUUAACGGUCAUUUCAAACUGUUGGGUUGUUUUUAAUAUAUAUUUUUUUUAAAUUGAAUGUUUCCACUGCAACUUUUCUUUUUGUCAGGAAAGCCUCUGAAACAGCAUUUAAACUCUUAUGGUGCUUUUAAACGUUAUAAAACAUGAUCCUGUCUGACUGGAUGGAGUCCAACAUGUCUCAUUAGAAUCAGUUCAGUUUAAAUAUUUGUACUUUAUUGAUCCUAAAUUGGGAAAGUCUUGAAUUUGAGAUCAGUAAUCAAUCUAACCUGAGCUGGUUCAAGGUAUAAAUAUAUCAGUCAGACCCUCCAGUGAUGAGAAAACAGUAAAUUUUCAGGGUUUAUCGGCUCUUCCUCCCUCGGAAAACAAAGAAAACGGCUGAUCUCCUCGCUGCAGGUUGUUUAGUGUUAAAACAGCAGGAUUUAUUUUGUGGU